AUGGAUGUCAUAGACUCCCUCAGUAGGAAGCAUGAAUAUGAGAUCAGUGAGGUUAAGAUUUCAGACAGUGGUGACUACUGGUGUCUGGCUACACAUAUUGAUCAGAAGAAGCAUUCUGAGUGGAGUGAUGCAGUCAGACUGACGGUGACAGAGAGACCUGUGACUGUUCUGACCCUCCAACCCAACUGGCCCCACGUAUUCAGCGGAGAGACUGUCACUCUCAGAUACCUGCAUCCUUCAGUGUCUCUCAGAAUACGACCCAACAGAACUCAACACUUUACAUCAAAGUCUCUCUCACUGAGCUGUGAGGAGAAGGGGAACUCUACUGGAUGGAGACUGAAGAUAUACAGAGAGAGAGGAGUGGAGUCAGGGUGUGGCUCUAACUGGGGAUCAAUAGCAGGGUCCACAUGUACCAUCAGGUCCACACUUGAAAAGGACAGUGGAAUGUACUGGUGUGAGUCUGCAUCAGGAGAGUACAGUAAUGCUGUCAACAUCACAGUGGAUGCUGGUGCUGUGAUCCUGGAAAAACCUGCCUAUCCCAUGACUGAGGGAGACUCUGUGACUCUGCUCUGUACAAAUAGAUAUCAGGAAACAAACCCAAACCCCAAGGUUGAUUUCUACAAAGAUGGAGAACUCAUCAGGAAUGAGACCACGGGAGGGAUGACCAUCACUGCAGUAUCAAAGUCAGAUGAAGGCUUCUAUAAGUGUAAAUCUAAUGAAGGAGAAUCACCAGAGAGCUGGGUGAAAGUGAGAGUCCCUCCAGGUUCUAUUGUCUCCAUCUCUCUGCUGUUCAGGCUGCUGUGUGGUCUACUGGUGGUGUCUCCCUUUCUACUGGUAUCUAUCAUUCUGAUGGUGAAAUGCUGCAGGGCUCAAGUUGUGGGUGUUCCUCUGUUCAUCAACAAGAGAGUGGGGGACUCCGUGGAGCUGAUGUUCGAGGGGAGACUAAAGAUGAACACCAAAAACUUCAGUUUAACGGUCAGAGAACUGACACUGCAAGACUCAGGGGAUUUUCUAGUUACAGGCGAAGGGGACAAAGGUCAGAUUGGCGGUAGGACCAUCACUCUGAAGGUCAACGAGCCUAUAUCCAAGGUGGUGAUCCAGACAGACAUCACGCUAUUAGCCAACCACUCCUGUACGGUGCGGCUGGUGUGCAACGUGUCCUGCUACUCCAACCUUACAUACACCUGA